GCAAUCAAAUAAUAUAGCACUGAACGAGGAGUUUAUUGCUCCAAACAGCACUCUUGUAUUGUCAGAGAAAGACGAAAUUGCAGUGAUUCCACACUUAGUGGAGGAUAACAUGGAGAUGUCAAAGAAUUUCGUCAAGUUACAGCAAGAGGAGUUAAAUGUUACAGAAAUCAUGAAGCUAGUGACGUUUCCUAAUUGUGGAGCAAUAUGUAAUUUUGUCGGGAUCACUCGGGAUAAUUUCAACAAUAAAAAGGUAAUUAAGCUGGAAUACGAAGCAUAUGAAUCAAUGGCCUUGAAAGAAAUGCUCAAUAUCUGCACAAAAAUUCGUUCGCAAUGGAACGUAGAAGGCAUUGCUAUGUAUCAUCGUAUCGGAGAAGUACCAAUAUCUGAAGCGAGCGUUGUAAUAGCAAUUUCUUCUCCUCAUAGAGAGGAAUCGUUGAGGGCAGUUGAAUAUGCUAUCAAUAUGAAAGCAGCGGUUCCUAUCUGGAAGAAAGAAAUAUAUGAAACGGGAGAGCAAUGGAAAGAAAACAAAGAAUGUACAUGGACAAAAAACGCAGCUGUGAACAUGGCAAACCUUAUUACAUCUACAACUGCAAAGGAAGAGGAUGCCCAAGCAACCUUAGGCUCAAAUGAAAAAAUAUCAAACGAAAUUGUUAUUGAUCCAGAUUCCGUGCAAGUUCGUGCGAGCUGGGAAGAAUUGAAUCGAAGGAUAGGAGCAUUCAUUGAGAGGAAACGUCAACAAGUAGACACUCUGAAUGUACAAGAAUUUUGCUGUCACAGUGAGAAGAAUGGUGAUUAUGAGAAUUCCUGUGCAAGAGUGGACGCUGUUCUAAUUCGACACAAAGAUUCCAAAAGUCAUGUAAAAGUUCACAGAGUACUAAACACAUGGGGACCCCAGACAGUUGAUCAAUCCAUUUUAAAAACACUUGCAAAUGAUGCAAAUGAUACUAUCAGCUGCUCUCCUAUACUAGAUAAUAGGAUUUCUGAAGCAGAGUGUAUAGUGGGGAUUAACAAACCUGUACCCAAAGAUAUUUAUAAAAGAUUGAAAAACAUUGAGGACAGAAUACUGUAUUUAGAAAGCAUAUCGCCAGAGUACAAGGAGUUUUGGGUAGCAGACGACAUUAAUAACUUGAAAGGUCUUUCAAAAUCUACCCAGAAAAGGACAUACUCCAUGGCAGAACUCGACUCUAAAUUAUAUGAACUUGAAGACAAAUACGCUAAGAAAAGAAGAUGACUACAACACACGGCACGCGGAGAAUUCGAGUUCGAGAAGUGUCGGGCAGAUUGUAGAGAUGAAGAUGGCCGUGGAACAUAUCGUUCUCUGCUCACGCCGAAUGCGCGCCGAAAUACGGUGGAUUUGUCAAGCACGUAAAAAUAUUUAUAUACAAAAUAGUCAAUACUGUAAAAAAUAGUUUGUUAAAACACAAAUCCGAGUUCAGUAUUUCCUGCGUUUUAUUAUGUCAGGCCGCCAGUUUAUGGGAUGCGUCUCUUCCGUCUGAAAGGAAUACGGAUAACAAUGAAUGCAAAGUCGAAAAAACAAUAACCAGACAGUCCCGAAAACAUAUGACUACACAAUAUUAUUCGAAUGUAUAACGAGCGCAGUAUAUUAUUUAUACAAAAUCUACUUACGGCAGUAUCGUCCUGUUUAUAUACUUUUAUUGUUUUAUCAGCUUCGGUUGUUAUCAUGCGACUGCCCGACACAUCAAAUGUAACGCUGAAGACACCGGCUUCGCUGUCCAUUGACCCAGGCUGAACUGGCGCUUGUAGCCGUUGGAAAUUGUAUCUUAAAAAUUAACAAUCGUUACGAUUAUCAACAAAUAUUCCUCUAAGAUUCACAAGGAUAUUAUCUGAAUCAUUUGCGUAUAAUAUACCCAGUUCUCCAGUCCCAAAGGUGCAUGGAACCGUUAUCGGCUCCGGAAACCAAAACCCCUUCGCCAUUCACGGCCAGGCAAUUUACUAUUGCGUUAUGGCCGGACAAGUUUUGUAUAAACUUCCCUUCCGGACAUUUCCAUUGUUUAAUAUUGUCCGGGGAUGCCGAGGCAAACAUGUACCUAGUAAUUAACACAAAUUAAGUAAGAUUAAAGACGAUGAACAUCACAG